AUGGCGUCACAGACUCGAGCAUGUGCUAUUAACAAAUGUGAAAUAUCUUCGUGUGCUGUAUGUCAUUGUUGUCAAAAUGAUCUAUGUCUCGAUCAUCUAAAAGAACAUAAAGAUCUACUUAAUAUUCAGUUAAUUCCACUUGCAAAUCAGAUCAAUACAUUUUUGGAUGGUCUUGAACAUUUCGAUCCAAUUUCUUCAUCUAGUUUCCACGUACUCGAACAAUGGCGUAUUGUAGCUCAUGAAACUGUCGAUCGAUUUUAUGAACAUAUGCGUCAUGAAUUAUUUGAACAAAAAAAAGAUCAACCAUUGAAAAAACUUCAUACAAUACGAGAUACUUUGGAUCGACUUAUUCAAAAGCAAGGAGCUACACGUGAAAAUAUUGAUUCAUUGACUAAUGAUAUUCGAUCAAUUGAACAAGAAAUCAAUGCUCUUCAAAAUAUUCAAAUUAAUUUACGUCCAUUAGUUAUUGAUGAUAGUCUAAUCAUUUCAUCGACUUCUAUCAACAGAACACAACAACGUACUGGAAAUAAUGAAUUAUCACAAGUAGCUUCAAUUGGCCAAAAUGAUCUUGAAGCAUUUCAAUCUAGAAGUGCUUUUCAAAUCUUUGUUCAAACACCUUUUAAACAAGAAAUCCUUGUAACGGUUAAAUCAUCUGACACGAUUUUGGAACUUAAGCGUAAGAUACAAGAGAGAUUAGGCAUUUCAACAGAUCAACAAUAUCUUACAUGGAUGGGUAAACCUCUUAUAGACGAUCAAUUUCUUGCUACUUAUGAUAUUCAAAAACUAUCUACUAUAAACUUAUCGUAUCAUCUAAAAAAGUGA